UGCAUGUAGCAUAUCCAAACUUUUAAGGGCACUCAAUCUUCAAUCAUCAAGCUUAGUGCCGUCCUCUUUGCAACACCUCCAAAAGCUGCUGAUCUAACAUUCCUAACCCUUCGAACGUAUAUAUAUGGACUUAAGCUUCUUGAUCAACAUACCCCUAUUUUAAUAUCCUUCUCUUCAGCUAAAAACAAAAAUGGUCCAGAAACUAGUACAUAUUUAAGUAUUCAACACCCCCCGCCCCCCCACAAAAACACCAACAAAGUACCCCUGCUCUUCACCUAGCUCUCAUCCCUCUGUGCGUGCAUGCUUACAUAUGAGGUUCAAUGGAUGAUCAUGAAUCAGUAAAGGAGGAAGUCAAUCCAGCCGUCAUGUUGAAAAAUCAAUCGGCCGAGAAAGGAGCGAACAGAGGGUCAUGGACUGAUGAAGAAGAUCGAAAACUGGCUGAAGCUAUUGAGAUCUAUGGUCCAAAGCGAUGGAAGACUAUAGCAUCCAAAGCAGGCCUUAAAAGGUGCGGUAAGAGUUGUAGGCUGAGAUGGAUGAACUAUCUGAGACCAAACAUCAAGCGAGGAAACAUAUCUGAUCAAGAAGAAGACUUGAUUGUUAGGCUUCAUAAACUUCUGGGGAACAGAUGGUCCUUGAUAGCGGGAAGGUUGCCUGGUCGAACGGAUAAUGAGAUCAAGAAUUACUGGAAUUCUCAUUUGAGCAAGAAAGUUCACCAAAAGGAGAAACAAAGCAAGGGAACUGCAGAAAUGGGAUGCUCUAGGAUUCGGAAGAAAAGGAAGGCGAUGAAUGAGGUUAAAGCGGAUAGGACGAGAGAAGGGAAUUCAUCUUCUGGUGGUGCUCCUGGAGAUUCAAAACUGAGCUUCGAUGUAGACGACUUCUUUGAUUUCUCCAAUGAGGAUCCUAUGACUUUAGAGUGGAUCAGCAAAUUCACCGAAAUGGAUGACGGCUGACACCUUGAUCCUCUUUCUUAUUACUAGCUAGUAGAACCUAUUGCCUCCAAAAUUAGUGGAUGACCGAACUCCUAUCAAAUAGGUGGGUUGCUGCUACCGCUGUCUAAGAUGUCGGAACUUCCGUUAUAUUGCUCUACGUGCAAAAAUUAGAGCGCAGUUGAUUAGAUGCAGUUCAAAAAUAGUAACGCUACUCAUCCAGCGGACGCGCUGUAUUUUUCCCUUCUUUGUACUCUAUUUUUUUUUUUGCUUUCCAAAUCAAAUCUUUGUGCUCUAAUUGCUCCCAGUGAAUUCUUAUUACUAUGGAAGUAAAAGACGGUUCGAAAAGAUAAAUGAAUAUUUGCA